AUGGCCGCACCCGCUCAAUCAGUUCACAAAGGCUGGGUCUUUCACCAAUCCGGUAUUCGAGUCUCGAACUUGGAGAAGUCCAUCUCUUUCUACCGGGAUGUUUUGGGAUUAACUGUCCUUCAACAAAUGGAAGUAGAGACAUUUACUAUUGUCUUUAUGGCCUAUGUUCCCGAGGGAGAGGAAAAUCCCGGACUACGUCUUGAUCGUUCAGGAGUGAUUGAACUUAUCUGGUCGGAGACUUCUCCUCCACUUAUCACGAAUUCAGAUACCCACCCUGGGUUUGGAUUCAUCAAGCUUAUGUUUACUAUCCCGGAUAUCGCAGCCGCAAUGGAACAUAUCGAAAAGUCCGGAUACAAGGUGUUGAAAUAUCCCGGCAAGACAGACGAGGCCAGUAGCGAUGUUAUCGCUAGGGCUAUUGGCGCUGAGCUUUCAGGAAAAGGCCGCAACAAAGACUUCUGGAACACUCUAGCCGCGCCAAUUGCUUUCGCGCAAGAUCCUGAUGGAUACUACAUUGAGUUCUUGCAGCAAGAUGUAAUGGAUGUAUGA